UUUCCUAAUUCAAACGAACGGCAUUUUUCAGAGGAAUUUUCGUGAUUUUUUUGCCCAAUUUGUUUUGUAUUUGUUUUAAAUUGACGAGAAUUGUUCAUAAAUUGAUUGCGUGUGCAAACAUGUCCCAUCAGUCCAACAAUGUGUUGCGUCCGAAAGAAAAUGACAUGGCCAGAAAGCCAGAGGCGGCAGCCGCCGCACUUGGCAUGCAGAGGAAAAAUUCGUUGCUGACAAAAAAGCCGACAAGCGAGAAUAUGGCACCAGGCAACAAGCUUCUUCCGCCGGUAUCGGCCAAAACGGCUACGACAAUUGCGCGUCCUGCAAAUAAGCCGGGUUCAGGAAUUUCCGACCAAGCAGCAGCAUGGUCAAAAUUUGCGAAGCCACUUGUGCCCACUGCAAGUACACUAACGAAAACCACCUCGGAGUUUGUGGCGCCAGCUCCUUUGAAUGAAUCCAAAAAGACUAGCGCUGGCCCAGUGGAGAAACCAUUAGCCACAGGCACAGAAGCCGCUGGGUCUGCUGCAUCGACUUCAUCCAGCUCUACAAACAGCACUGGCAAAGAGAAAGGCAAGACUGAAAACCAGCCCCCGAAGCCAAAGAAAACUUGGGAGCUGAACAACUUUGACAUUGGCCGUCCACUGGGACGCGGAAAGUUCGGCAAUGUGUACCUGGCACGCGAGAAGGAGUCCCAGUUCGUUGUGGCCUUGAAGGUCCUGUUCAAGCGUCAGAUUGGGGAGUCCAAUGUGGAGCAUCAGGUGCGCCGGGAGAUCGAAAUACAAUCGCAUCUGCGGCAUCCGCACAUUCUUCGUUUAUACGCCUACUUCCACGACGAUGUGCGCAUCUACUUGAUCCUGGAGUAUGCUCCACAGGGUACGCUCUUCAAUGCGCUGCAAGCUCAGCCGUUAAAGCGCUUCGAUGAACGCCAGUCGGCCACCUACAUCAAGUCGCUCUGCUUGGCCCUCUUGUAUCUGCACGAGCGUGACAUAAUCCAUCGCGAUAUCAAGCCGGAGAAUCUCCUGCUGGGCCACAAGGGUGUGCUGAAGAUAGCCGAUUUCGGGUGGUCAGUGCACGAGCCCAACUCCAUGCGCAUGACGUUGUGCGGCACUGUCGACUAUCUGCCACCGGAAAUGGUCCAGGCCAAGCCGCACACAAAGAACGUGGACCUGUGGAGCCUGGGUGUGCUCUGCUUUGAGCUGCUGGUGGGUCAUGCCCCAUUCUUAUCGAAAAACUAUGAUGAGACCUACAAGAAGAUCCUCAAGGCGGAAUACAAGCUGCCGGAGCACAUUUCCAAGGCGGCUGCUCACUUGAUAUCCAAGCUGUUGGUCCUCAAUCCGCAACAUCGGCUGCCCCUGGAUCAGGUGUUGGUGCAUCCAUGGAUUCUGGCGCAUACGAAGUGAACGCAACGGAACCAUUGACGUUUUCUCGUUUCUUUUUAUUAUUUAUAUUGAUUUUGAGUUAUUUCCUAGUUCAUACGAGUAUUUGAGUUUUAGUUUUGUCGCGCCGCGUAAUAUAAUUAUGGCAUUUAAGAUCAUUUCAUCAUUUAGCAAGCUACAAGAAAAAUUAACAUUUAUGCAUUUAGUUUUAUUAUCAUUAAAAAUAAAGAUUGUGAGUGUGUUC